ACCGCUGCAGCCGGGGCUGCUAGGAAGGCUGCAGGUUCGCGGGGCCGCCUGACUGAGCCGAGCGAGGGAAAUGGUCCCCGGCCCGCCGCUCGCCGCUUGAGGACGGGCCGCCCUGGCAGAGGGGCAGGCCAGCCGCGGCGCGGGGCGCCGGCCAGAAGGGGUGCAUUGUCGUCCUGUCUUGCUGCUGAAUGUCGGUUCCAGAGGAUGAGGAGAGGCUUUUGCCGCUCGCCCAGAGAUGGCCCCGGGCGAGCAAGUUCCUUCUGUCGGGCUGCGCGGCUACCGUGGCCGAGCUAGCAACCUUUCCCCUCGAUCUCACAAAAACUCGACUCCAAAUGCAAGGAGAAGCGGCUCUUGCUCGGUUGGGAGACGGUGCAAGAGAGUCUGCUCCCUAUAGGGGCAUGGUGCGCACAGCCCUAGGGAUUGUUCAAGAAGAAGGCUUCCUAAAGCUUUGGCAAGGAGUGACACCUGCCAUUUACAGACACGUAGUGUACUCUGGAGGGCGCAUGGUCACUUAUGAACAUCUCCGUGAAGUUGUGUUUGGCAAAAGUGAAGAUAAGCAUUAUCCUCUUUGGAAGUCAGUGAUUGGAGGUAUGAUGGCUGGUGUUGUUGGCCAAUUUUUAGCCAACCCAACUGAUCUAGUGAAGGUUCAGAUGCAAAUGGAAGGAAAAAGGAAACUUGAAGGGAAGCCUUUGCGAUUUCGUGGUGUGCAUCAUGCAUUUGCAAAAAUCUUAUCUGAAGGAGGAAUACGUGGGCUUUGGGCAGGCUGGGUACCCAAUAUACAAAGAGCAGCACUGGUGAAUAUGGGAGAUUUAACCACUUAUGAUACAGUGAAACACUAUUUGGUACUGAAUACACCACUUGAGGACAAUAUCACGACUCAUGGUUUAUCAAGUUUAUGUUCUGGCCUGGUAGCUUCUAUUCUGGGAACACCUGCUGAUGUCAUCAAAAGCCGAAUAAUGAAUCAACCACGAGAUAAACAAGGAAGGGGACUUUUGUAUAAAUCAUCAACUGACUGCUUGAUUCAGGCUGUUCAAGGAGAAGGAUUCAUGAGUCUAUAUAAAGGCUUUUUACCGUCUUGGCUGAGAAUGACCCCUUGGUCACUGGUGUUCUGGCUUACUUAUGAAAAAAUCAGAGAGAUGAGUGGAGUCAGUCCAUUUUAAGCCCUUAAAGAUGCAGCCCUUAAAGAUACAGUGUUCAGUAUCAUUGAAAUAUGGGCACCUACAACACACACCCCUAUUAUUUCUACCUCUUUAGGAAGACACUGUACUCCACAGAGACUGUGAUUUAUAGGGGGCAGCACUUUAUUUUUCUCUGGAAACCCAAGUUCUCUUUGACUCCCCUUUUUGUUCAAAAGCAAUCUGGUUGGAUUACACAAGGCCACCCAGUGAGACCCAGCACAGAAUUUUCAAGAAGAUUGAAUCCUGAGCACUUCCCUUGGGCCAGAAGAUUUGACCUUUGAGAUGCUAUUCUGUGCUGAGAAGCCUACUUAGAAAAGUGCCACAAGGGGGCAUCUCAGACCUGAAGUAGACAAUAGGAAUGUGGAAGAAUACAUACAUACUUAGUGAUUAAGAAAUACAUUGAAACUGUUGUAUUUUCAGCUGAAACUCGGGGAUUCAUUGUUGUUGUUAACAUGCACAUACUGUAAAUUAAAGGGAGGUGACUGAAAAUUCAUGAAUAAACAUUUUGAGUCUCCCUAGUGGUGACGGAAGUUGAUGUACCUUUUCUUGCCAAGAGGACCAAAAAACGUCAAUUUGACAUGAUGUUUGGAUUUCAAGGAAAGAAGCUCCCUUCUGUCUGUGUCCCGUCUUUAGUUAGAUCUGUGUUACUGGUCAGCACUCCACUGCACACGCUUAGGACUUCCUGCCAGCCACAGACCGAGUCUUGAUGAAAGCAGAGAAGAGUGUUUGCUUCAUUACAUAUGCCAUUGCGACCAGAGUUUGCUGCUUGCUCCUGAGAAUCUCGAUAUAUAAGAACAUGCAACUUGUUUGAUUAACGCUUAAGCGGACAGCUUAAGUUGCUUGAGUUGCUUAAGCUUAAGUUGCUUUUCAUAAAGCAACUUGUUAUUAUCAUUAUCAGCCUUUGAAUUUUAAACUGUGGCAUUUUAAAAGCAAGGCUGAGAUGAUGUCAGCCACUUUUGACAAGCAUCCUUUCUUAUCUUCCCUUCCUUAACACUAAGGGCCCGAAGGAGAGAUAACUAAGGAAUCAUACUGAAGCCGUCUCUGGCCUGAACCUUACUCCAUUUUGACAAAGCUUCCUGCCUAGUGAGAAGUAUAAAUUGCCUGUGAUAUAUGGUUAUGUCUCUAAUUAUCAGAUCAAACCCUUUUUCUUACUUUAGAAAGGUGAGAGAUUUCUUCAGAUUGACCUGUAUACCACCUGCUCCCACACCCACAGACAGUGGGCAUUUCUGGAUAGAUGGAUACAGUUGUAGGUAGAGGCUAUAACUCUCAACAUAGGAAAACUCAAAACGCUUAGACCCAAGAAAGACAGUGGAGUUGAACAGACAGAAUUUGUUGUCCAUGGGUGUCAUCACCCAUGGACAUGGGUGAUGUUGAACCACAAAAAAAAAAGUUUACAAGUGCUCUGUGGUUGCACUAAUGUAUAAUCACUGCCAUUUAAAAGAGGAUGUAUACUUUAAAUAUAUAUUUUAAUGUGAUGUAUGAUUAUGCAGUGGCUUAUUGUUUUUCUAUGAAAUUUUCAGAUUGUGGAGUUUAAUCAGAAUCUGUUGGUGGUCUACUUUUCCAUUGCAUCUGUCAAUCUGUGUGAAUUGAGUUGUUAAAUAUAUUUAAAAUAAUAUUGUGUUCUUAAAUUCCCAAGUGUUCUGCAUUGGGACCACUUUGGGGGACUCUUGGGUUUUCAUGUUUUAUAACUUUUAAAAUUAAGUAAAGACUGGAUCAAAAUAUGCAAA